UACAAACCGAUAGCACUAUAUAAACGACCCUCGUGCUUCCAUUUUCUUCUCCAUCAAGAGGGGAGAAAGAGAAAGAGAAAGAGAAAGAGAAAGAGAGAGAUCCCUUUCAAACGCACCGUUCUAUUCCCAACUCAAAAGUUAAAGAAAAAGCCCCUUAAUAAUAAUAAAUUCAUCUUCUCGCUGUUCAAUGGCUGAUCAAGUGUCAAACAAUGCGUCGUCCUCCCCCUCAAGCUCCGGCGGAGAAAGCGAGGAGGAGAAGAACGUUCUGCAGAAACACGUGGCGUUCUUUGAUAGGAACAAAGAUGGGGUGGUUUAUCCGUGGGAAACAUUCAUGGGGUUCCGAGCAAUUGGCGCUAAUUUGUUUCUCUCCACUGUUAGUGCCGUUUUUAUUAACCUUGGACUUAGCUCCAAAACCCGACCGGGGAAGUUUCCGAAUUUUCUAUUCCCAAUUGAGAUAAAGAACAUUCAACUUGCCAAACAUGGAAGUGAUUCUGGUGUAUAUGAUUCUGAAGGAAGAUUUGUUAGUAAGAAAUUUGAAGAAAUAUUCAAGAAGCAUGCCCUAACCUACCCAGAUGCCUUGACAGAAAAAGAACUUAAAGCAUUGCUUAAGUCAAAUAGAGAGCCUAAAGAUUACAAAGGAUGGGUUGCUGCAUGGACAGAAUGGACAACUCUAUACAACCUUUGCAAAGAUGAGAAUGGUUUACUUAAAAAGGAAACUGUGAAGGCUGUUUAUGAUGGGAGCUUAUUUGAACAUAUGGAGAAACAAAGAGCAUCAAAAAAGAAGAAAUGAAAAAAAAAAAAAAAAAAAAAAACGAAAAUAAGGUUUUCUUCAUUUUUCUUUAUUUACAUAUUUCUCAUUUUAGGGUAAAUUUAUACUGUCAUGACAUGUAAUCCUUUUUUUUUUUUUUUUUUUUUUUUUUUUUUUUUUUUUUAUCUUUCUCUCUCUCUUUUAGGAUAAGAAAAUGUUUAAUGUUAAAGUUGUUUGAUUCAUUUAUAUGGACUUUGUGUGGAAUGGUAUAAAGAUAAAUAAAAUUUGUUUGCGUGUGAGAUU